ACGUGAUCUUAGCCAAGAUCUUAGCCAAGAUCUUAGCGAUCUCGUCGUGGAUCCAUACAAUUUUAAAUAGCCUUGCAUACAAUAUACCGUGGAUCCAUAAUUAAUCUGCUAAGUUGUCACAGGGGCAUCUUGAUCGUGCAACCGCUGAACCUCGAAUAUGCAAGAGGUGCAACAAAUAUGUGAUACAUUAUGGCAUCAGUACAACCUUCACCAAGCCUGAUUGUUGCUUAGAUGUAAUCAGUGAAUGGCAAAAUAAAAUUUUACUUCAACUGAAAGAAAGUAACAUUUGAAGAACUGCAGUUUGCUAAAAUGGCUGCCCAAGAAAUACAACAAUUGUUCAGAGAGCUGCAGUCAGUGGUCUGCAGAGAAGAGCUUCAGGGUGAUCCAGAGAGGGCCAUAGGACUCAUCCUGAAUAUCAAAAGAUAUCUGGAGGAGCAGUUCACUGACACUGAUUUUCAGUUCAUUCUAUCAGUGCUGUUCCCACCAAAUGACAUUGCACAUGGCCUGAUGGGUCUCCUCCAAGAUGUUCGUGAGAUCAAGGAGUUUGGAUCAUUUAAGGUGGAGGGCUGCCGCGUGACUGCUGACCUGGUGUCCAGGGCCGGCGCUGCGUCGCUCGACUGCGAGGCGGCCGGUAUCCGCAGCACGGCCUGCCUGCUGUCGGGCCGGCCGCAGGAGACGAGCGCGGUGCGCUCCGAGGCGCUCCAGCUGCUGAUAACGGUGCUAGCGGCCGGCGGCGGCCGGUCGACGCCCGCCCACCAGAUGGCGGCCGACCUGCUGAGCAAGGACCUGACGCGCGCCGCGCCGCCGACCGUGCGCCGCCAGCAGCUCCACCUGCUGGGCGCCCUCUGUCAGCACUGCCCCCAGCAGACAGCCGAGCUGGCCGAGCGCGCGUGUACUGCGCUGCUGGACGAGCUGAAGCGCCAGCUUGACUCCCGCUCGGCCAAGCUGGAGAUGACCAUCGUGUCCGGCGCCAUCCAGGGCCUGACGUGUCUGCUGCACAGUUUCUCCCAGUCGGCCGAUGACAACCCGGUCGUCUGCGGCCGCAUCUUCGACUACGUGGCGCGUGUCAUCAACCCGACGGCGGAGCUGUCGCGUCGCGAGGCGCCGCGCGCCGCUCUGGCGCUGCUGGCCACGCACGCCGCCCAGUUCUCUAAGCACAUGUACGAUCGCUAUGUGACGCUCUACUCACACCUGGUGCGCUGGGCCCUCUCCAACAACCGGGACGACGCGCGAGCCGGCGUCGGCGCGCUGGACGCGUUCAUUAACCAGGUGUGUGAGUGGCUGACGACAGCGCCCACCGAUGACGGCCGGCCGGCCAAGGUGUUCGCCUUCCUGCUGGCGCGGCUUCGAGAGCUGCUGGACGACCGCGCCGCACCGCCGGCCGUGCUCUCUGUGGCCGUGCACGGGUACGGCGCGCUGGCGGCGCCGUGCGGCCGGCUCCACCCGCCGCAGGAGCUGGCACUGCUGGUCACCUGGCUGUCAGACCGCGCCGAGAGGCUGUACCUGGCCGGCGAGUCGGCGCCGCCGGCGGCCGAGCUGCUGCUCCAGCUGCCCGGCCACGUGUCGUCACUGGGCUGCUGCCUGGCGGCGCUGCCGACGCUGCCGGCCGCCCAGCUGGCCACUGGCGAGCGGCUGCUGCUGCUGUUGGUCGAGCACUACCCGCGUGUGCCGCCCACGCACCGGUUCCUGGCCGACGGCGGCGUGGCGCGCUGCCUGCUGGCGCUGCUGGGCCGGCCCGAGCUGGCGGCGCCCUGCCUGCGCCGGCUCGUCUACCAGAUGCUGCUGCGCUGCUGCUCACACGCGCUGGCCGUGGAGACGGAGCUGCAGAAGGACUCGGCUGUCUCGUACGCGGACCGACCGCUCAGCUACAAGGACUACCUGCCGCUGUGGGACGCGCUGCUCGCGGCGCACGGGCUGCGCCAGCUCACCAGGAAGGGCGUCAGCGUGGCGGCCCUGCAGGCCCUCGCCAAUGAGGUAUUCGCCGCACUGGUGGACGCCAGCCAGAAGAUAAUCUGCGAGCUGGACCUGAGCACUCAGCCUCUGGACGGAGACGCGCCACCGGCCUCCGGCGACCCGGCCGUCAGCCUUCAGGCCCGAGUGCCCAAAGACUUCCAGGUGUUCAUCAACCUGGUGUCGGUGCUGGAGCACGCGCUGCUGUCGGACGGCGCCGAGCUGCGGCUGCGUCCGUGGCUGCCGCUGCUCAGCGGACAGGUAGUGGCCACCUCUGUGCAGCGACCCCUCGUCAGCGGCCUGUACCGGCUGGCGCGGACCUACCUACUCACCGCCGGCCGGCUGGGCUGCUGGCAGGCCGUCCAGGAGGACAGCGACGGUGCGGAGGCGGGCCUGCGCCGGCUGUGGGCGGCGCACGUGUCGGAGACGGCGCCCCGCUGUAGCCAGUACCGGGACGAGCUGCAAGAGGCCUGCGUUUCUAUGGUGCUAGCGGCGCCGGCGGCGCUGGCAGCGGACUGCGCGUCGCCCCUGCUGGCCGUGGCGCGGCUGGCGCUCCGCCUGGGCCGCAGUCACCUGCCGCUGGCCGCGCGCGCGCUGGACGCUCUCGAGUCGUGGCUGCCGGCGCUGGCUGGGUGCAGCGAACGGUGGGGCGACUGUGUGGAGCCGCUGCGGGCGAUGGCGCCGGCCCUGAGCCAGUACUUGGCACCGGAAGCCACGGUGGCGGCCGGCGGCGAUCGCGCCCCUUCGUCGCGCCGGCCUUCUGAGCUAACGCCGUUGCGCCGCCGUGCGCUGCAGCUGCUCGGCUUGUUGGCCGCCGCCGGUCUGGUGGCCGACAGCUCCGAAGCCGAGCUGGUCGCCUGGAGCCGGCGGCCUGUGCUCGGCCUAGACGUGCCCUUCUCGGACGUGAAGCCCAAGCUGUGGCUGGAGACGUUUCUACCGCGCACCGUGCAGUUGGCGCUGGGCUCUGGCGACGCGCAGGCGCGGACGUCGGCCUGUGAGCUGCUGCACGCCGUCACCGUGUUCACGCUGGGGCGCGGCGCCCAGCUGGGCAUGGACGGCGCCGGCUCUCUGUCGGCCGUGUACCGGCGCCUGCUGCCAGCGCUGCUGCGGCUGGCCGCCAGUCCCAGUCUGGUGGCGCGCCAGCUGUUCGCGCCGCUGCUCACGCAGAUCACGCACUGGUUUACCACGGACGCCAUGAGCGGGCGGCCCGAGUCGGCGCUGCUGCUGGACGUCCUGCUGGAGGGUCUGGUGGACGCCGGCGACCCGGCGCGGAGGGACGUCAGCGCCGACGCUCUGCGUGAGUACCUUCAGUGGUCGCUCAAACAGCGGCGCGCCGACCCGGUGCAGAAGGUGGCGCCGCUGCUGGAGGCACUCUACGGCCACCUGCGACACCCGGACCCGUACCGCCGGCUCGGCGCCACACUCGCAUUCAACAACCUGUACCGCGUGUUCCGGGAGAGCGACCGACUGCUAGACGUGUUUCUGCUGGAGGUGACGGCCGCGCUGCUGGCGGCCCUGGCUCGCGCUCACGCCGACCCCAGCGCGCUCGGCACCGACACGGCCGCCGCCGAUGCGCUCGGUCACUGCCAGCGCAUCUUGACGGCGCGCGCCAGUCGUCUGCUGGAAAAGAGCGAGCAGCGCCGUGUGCCGGCCGGCUGGCAGGGCGCCACGCUGCCGGACCUGCUGAGCUGGCUGGUCGGUCAGUGCGGCGCACCGCAGACCGAGUGUCGUCACGCCUGCUACCGGCUGCUGGAGGCCCUGACACCGCUAGCCCCGGCCGCCGGUGGCCUGCGCGGCCUGGUGGCGGCCGGCGGCGGUGCCGUCCGGCUGCUGGAACACGCCCUCACCGGUGUGUACCGUGAUCUGCGCGGACCGGUGUCUUGGUCCGCCUGGCUGGACGCCCUGCUGGCCGCGUUGGACGGCUACAGCUGGGCGCUGCAGGUCGGCGCGCUGCCCGCCGACAGGCCGAUAGGUAGUGACUCGUACCUACUGGACAACAUCCGUUUUCUGAUGGCCGAGGCGUUUAAACCGUCUUUCGAAGACUCGGCCGAGGCCGGUCGGUGGGCGCCCGUGCGCCGGCUGCGCUGCACGGCGCUGGUGCGCGCGCUGGCCGUGAUCGAGGCACUGCUGCGGGCGGCUCCUCGCGCUGUCACCGACAUCUGGUCUCUGCCCGUGUGCGACACGGUGGCCGCCGCCGUCCUGGCGCCGGCCGAGCUGGGCUUUGACGUCAGCGAGGCGGAGGUGGUGCGCGAACUGCCGGCCGCCCUGGACAGACUGCUGCGCUCGGUGGCGCGAUAUGCCGACGCUGAGACACGCCGCCUGCUGACUGACAGUCUGGCGCGCCGCGCGGCCGGCCGCUCUGUCUGCCAGGCGCUCGACGAGGCGCUGAGCAGCCAGCACGACCAGCAUGUGGCGCAGCAGCUGCGCGGACUGCGCACCCUGCAGUCGAGUCGCCUACUGAGCAGCGCGGCGCCGGCCGAGUUGCGAGUCUCCGGGGAGGAACUGUUCGCGGUCGUCUGGGAGAGCUGCGGGCGCCAGCCGCCGACCGACCCGAUGACGGUCCGGCUGGCCGACACGGCGCUGGAGACGGCGCUGGCGCUCGGCGUCCCGGCACGCAGGCUGCUCUCUGCGCUGCUCUCCGAGGAGCAGGUGCGCGCCGGCAGCGGCUCGGCCGAGCGCGGCUGGCUCUUCUUCAGCCGGUUCUCGGCCGUGCUGGUGCCGCACCUGCUGCAGCCGGCGGCGCGCGAGGCUGUGCUCAGUCCGCUGGUGUCGCGGGCGGCCGCCCACCCGCGCGGCGUGCAGCUGCUGACGGCUGUGGUGCGCGCCACGGCCGCCGACCGACAACUGAGACGCCAGUACGGCGCCCCGCUGGCCCGCCUCCUGGCCGAGGGCUGGCAGCAGCUCGAGUCGGCCAGCGAGCCGGCGCUGGUGCAGCUGCUGGGCCUGCUGCUGCUGGUGCACCUGCCGCUGGCCAGCGAGGAUCAGGCGGCGUCCCCGGUAGCCUGGUACACGAGGCUGCUGGACGGCGACCGCCUAACGCUGGAACAGAAACGACCGGCGCUGCGCCUGCUGACGAUCAUGCUGGGCUCUGCCACGCUGUCAGCCAACAUCUGUUCGCUCCUGGAGAGGCUCGAGUCGCGCCACUUUCCACUGGAGUCGUCGGAACUGGCGGCCGGCUCGCCGGCGCUGGCCACCUACCGCGCCGUACUGGCCUCCCUGUGUGAGGCGCUGGAGAUGACGGCUCACCCUGCGCUGGCGCGCUACAUGUGCGUGCUCAUGUGCCGCGAGGCGCGCCAUCCGUGCAGUAGUCUGCUGCGCGCCGCGCUGACAGCCGCCGCUGGGCGACACGGCACCGCCCAGCAGCUGGCGCUGGCCAAAGAGCUGCUGGCUCUGUUCUGGCCGGCGGGCGGGCUGCCGGCUGCCGGUCGGCGCACGCUGCUGGUAUCAUUCCUGUGUCCUCUGCUGCGGGCCGCCGACCGGCCGGUGCUGCUGCAGUUCUACACGAGUCAUGUGGUCGCCAUCGCGCGUCCCGUCCAGGACCCCGAGCCGCCCGCCGUGCCGGCCGAUUCGGAACCCACCGAACACCAGUGGGUGAGCCGCAUGGGUGGCUUCUCGCUACUGGAGGUGCUCUACGCGUCCUUGCCCAAAGAUCAGACGCACGCAGCCACCUCGCCACUGGUGACGGCUUUCGCCGGUGCGACGGCGCGCGGCAACGAGCUAACCAAGGCACUGCUGGGCUCGGGCGCGGCAGCGUUCAAGGCGCCGCCACUGCGCUGUGUGGAGCCGGCGUCUCUGUCGGAGGCGCGGCGCCGCUGCAUGUGCGCCGCCUACUGCGCGCUGGCCGCCGCCGUGUCGGCCACACAGACGGAGGCGCGCUUCUACCAGACGUUCCUGCUGGCCGAGGCGCCCGAGCGCAACCAGCUGAUCUGGGAGCGGCUGGUGGACGCCGAGCGGCGCUAUCACCUGCCGGUGGAGGGCGGCUCCGAGCUGCGCCGCUGGCACGUCUCCAUCCCGCGCCCGGCCGGCGCCGGCGGCGGGCAGUCGGCGCCGCGCCGGACCGGCUCCGUCAGUCGACUCUUGGCCGACAGCAGCCUCGGCAGCCAGGUCACCGACUACGACUUCACGGCCAGCGUGGAUCUGAGCACCCAGGAGCUGCAGCAGCAGGCGGAGGCCGGCGGCCGCGAGCGAUCAGCGCCGGCCUCCCUCCAGCUGCCAGCCGACGAUCUGAACGAACACGAGUGUAUGGCGUGCGCGACGGCGCUGGUGGGCCACCUGGCCGAGCGAGUGUGGCCGCUGCCGGAGGUGGGACCGCCCGCGCAGCCGGCUCCCUGGGUGACGGCCCUCUGCGCCCGUCUGCAGUCGGAUAACACGCCGGACAACGUGCUACUCUUCCUGUGCCGACUGCUGACCAACUGCGACUCGGCGUGCCGGCCGUACGGCCGCUGGCUGCUGCCGCCGCUGCUGCGACUGCUGGCUGCCGAGCGGCUCGGCCCCGAGCUGAAUGCGCUGCUCCUGGAUGUGCUGGACAUGCUGGCCGGCUGGGCGCAGCAGGACGUCACGCCGGAGGAGAGCUCACGCGCCGACGCCGGCCGUCUGCUGGAGGUGGUGCUGCGACUGACGCCGAGUGCGCACCGCGGCGUGGUUCGCAUCAUGCUGGACGUGCUGGAGAAACUGGUGAGUGGCUGGGGCGACCGGGCCGCCUUCCCCGGCCGGUUGGCCGUCCAGCUGCUGACCGGUGACCGGCAGCUGCACGCGCCGCGCGCCGGCGUCUGCGCGCUGCGGGCCGCGCUGCUGGCGGACCGUCCGCUCGGUCUGGACGGGGACGAGAUGCAACAGCUGCUCGACAGAUUGCUGACGCUGAUGGUCGAUCGGAGCAGCACCGCCGAGCUGUACCGACCGGCCAGCACCGUCGUAGCGCUGCUGUGUGCCGGCCGCACUGACAUCGAAGCUGUGACGCCGGUCGUGGCCGCUAAACUGGCCGCCGUGGAGAAAGACGACCGGGUGCGUUGGGUGACGUGCCUGGCGCGUCUGUCGGCCCACUGCCGACCGUUGGCUGCCAGCCAGCGCGUCCGACUGCUGUUCCAACUGCCGUCCCUGCACGGCGAGCAGAAGGCGCUCGGUCUCCAGGUACUGCACGACAUUAUCGGCGACGUGCCGCAGCUGAGCAGCGAGCUGGCGGCGCUGCGGCUGGACCGGCUGACCGAGGCGCGCGACCCGCAGCUGCGCCGGGCGGCGCUCCAACUGCUGCUGGCAGCCGCCGAGGGGGAUCGACUCUCGGCCGGGCAGUGGGCGCGCUUCCUGCCGGCCGUCGACUUCGUGGUGAACCACGGCGGUGCGCCGGGCCGCCGGCUGGCCGCCGAGCUGUGCAUCGAGCUGCGCCGCCGCUUUGACCGGGACGACUCGGAGGAGGCCGCCGGUGUGCGCGCCCGCGCCACGGACGCCCUGCUGGUGCUGCUGACUGACGCCGACCUGACGGUGCGCCAGACGGCGGCCAACUACUGGGCAGACGCGGGCGCCGACACCACGCCCGGCCGGCUCUCCCGCGUGCUGACGGACAUGUUUCGGCCCGGCCUGGAGGCGGCCUAUCUCAGCUACGCCACCUACCUGGUGCUGGGACUGACGGCGCAAUCGCCCGACUUCGACCGCAAGAUGUUCGACCGAGCGCUGCCCGAGAGUGAGUUCGAGGAGGUGGCCAUCGUGUCCGACUGGCGGGUGCAGAGCGCCGCCGCAGUGCCGCUGUUCUCGCAGCCGGCGGCCGGCGGCGGACCGCUUCCGGCGCUGCUGCGCGCCACACAGCGCAGCCUGGCGUUCACGCCCACACAGCGGAGCGCCGCCAGCCAGCCGACGUUCGACUGGCUGACCCAGACGGCGGCAGCGCCGGCCGGCACCGGGACCCCGAGCGGCGCCCGACUCCGAUACACAGACGACGUGGACGGCGGCGACGGAGACGCCGGCGCCGACGCUCUGUCGCGCAUGCUACGCCGCCGUGUCGAGACGGACGCUCGCCAGGUGUCUGCCCGCAUGGCGCGGCGACACGCCGACCAGCGCGCACUGCGCGAGGACCGCCAGCGCGACGAGCCGCGCCGCCAGGACGCCCAGGUGGAGCUGUUCCGGCGGUACCGGCGCGGCGAGCUGCCCGACACCGAGAUCCCGUACUCUGACCUGCUGCGGCCGCUGCAGGCGCUGGCCAUGCACGACCCGCCGACGGCAGCCCGUCUGCUGGCCGGCCUGCUGGUCGGCACGCUGCACGAGCUCGACGCCGCCGAGCAGCGGCCGUCCUCGCCGACACAGUCGAGGAAGCGGCCGGCGGCCGGCGUCGGCGCUGACCAGCUGAGGGACGCCGUGUCAUCCGGGCUGGAGUCUGUGCUGCGCCGGCUGCGCACGGCCGAGCCGAGCCUGGUGAGCGCCGCGCUGCAGACGGCGCUGGACGCCGAGCUGGCGCUGCCGCCGGCGCUGCUCGCCUCCGUGUGCCGCCUCAGCGGCCAGCUGCCGGCCGGCAUUAUGCUGCUGGAACGCACCUUGCGCCAGCCGGCGGCCGUCGAGGCGGCCACCGAUAGGAAACGGCCGCGUCUCGGUCUGCCGCCACCGGCCGCCGAGCCGGCCCGAGACCGGGACCGGCUCUGGAGCGUGCUCGCCGAGCUGUACGUCCAGUACGGCGACAGGGACUCGGCGCGCGCCGCGCUCGGCCGGCGCGCCGACCUGGCCGCCGACUGGUCCGCCGCACUGGAGGCGGAGGCUCGCGGAGACUUUCUGGAGGCGGCGCGUCACUACGAGCAGACGAUCCGGCGCGGCGAGGACCACCUGAGCGAUCAGGCCUACUUCCAGUGUCUGUCGGAGCUGUCCGAGUGGGGCCGGCUGAGCCGGGCUGUCGACCAGCGACUGACUGCGGACCACGACCAGCAGCCGCGGCUGGACAGCGUCUGGCUGGCCGGGAACGACGAGCAACGCGACCACCUGCUCCCCUGGCUGGUCGUCAGCAAAACACAGCUGGCCAUAGAGCGGGACGGGACAACGACACAACAGCUACACCAGUUCCUGGACGCCGGCCUGGCCGAGGAGGCCAGUCGCCACCUGCUCGAGAGUCGCUUCCCCGAGGAGCUGGCGCUGCGCCACGUGGCUUGCGGGCAGCUGACUCGCGCGCGCCAUUACUGCCACAUGGCUCAGGAAUCGUUUGUGCGCGACUGGAGCGCGGCCGAGGCAGCCGGCGGCCAGUCGCGGACGCCGCUCCUGCAGCGGCUGCGCACAAUCACCGAACUGCAACAGUUCCUGGACGCGGUGACGGCGCCGGACCCGACGGCGGCCGCGUCCAGCCUGCUGGAUCACUGGGAGCGCAACUACCCGGCGGCACAGGAGAGCCUCGCCUUCUGGGAGCGGCUGGUGGGCCGCCGCCACCUGUACGUAGACCAGCUGCCGCCUGGGACGCGCCAGCAGCGCUACCUGCGCCGCUCGCGGCUCCGGCUGGUCGAGGCCGCCCUCGCACAGCGCAACGCCACGGCGGCCGGCCGGCAGCUGGGGCACCUGCGCUCCCAACAGUGGGACGCAGACGACGCCAGCCUGGCCGCCGAGUACCAGCUGCUGCGCUGUCAGACGGCCGUGCUGCUCGGCCGGGACCCGGUGCGCACGUGGCGCGUGCUGGACGACCAGGUGCGCUGGCGCGACUCGGCGCCGCCGCUGCCGGUCGGCCUGCUGCUGCGGCGCGCCCGUCUGGAGGCGGAGCUGGCCGAGCGGUGUCUCCUGGAGCCGGCCGCCGUCGCCGACCCGUUCGUCAGCCAGCUGCUGGAGGAGAGCGGCCACUGGACGGGCGACGGCGCGCGGGCCGACCUGGUGCAGCUGGCGUUCGGCCGGCUCUCGGCAGCCGUGGAGGCGGCGCGCGGCUCGCCGGAGGCCGCUGACGCCUGUCUGGAGGCGGCCAGGUUCUGUGGCCGCCAGCUGGAGGCGCUGGAGGAGACGGAGGCCGGCGGCCCGGGCGCCGAGCUGCGCGGGCCCUUCGUGCGCUGCACGCUGUGGGCGCUGGCGGCCGGCUCGGCCGAGGCGUGCGACUGGCUGCCGCGCCUGCUGCAGCUGGCCGACGAGCACCCGCCGGCGGCCGCCGCGCUGGCGGACGGCUGGGAGGCCGUGCCCGAGUGGCGCUUCCUGGCCUGGCUGCCGCAGCUGUUCUCGUACGGCGCAUCGGCCGGCUGCGGCGGCACGGUGCGCCGGCUGCUGCUGCGGCUGGCCGAGCAGUACCCGCAGGCGCUGGCCUACCCGCUGGCCGCCAGUCGGGCCGACAGGGGCGCCGUGCGGCCCGCCGAGAUGAGCGCCUGUCUGGAGCAGGCGCACCAGCUGAUGGCCAACUGCCGGCUGCCGGAGCGACUGGUGGCUGAGCUCGGCCGGCUGGGCGUCUACUCGCGGCUCAGGAGUUUGUGCCGCCACCUGCAGGUCGGCCAGCUGGAGAAGGCAGCCGGCGCGCUGGCAGACUGGGGCGGAUUGGCGGCCGUGCUGUCGGACCCGCCCUCCGAGGCCGACCGCCAGCUGCUGCGACUGUGCGGCGACAACGGAGAGCGCAUCACGACCAGGUCGGCGCCCAAGGCCGUGGAUCUUAUCAAGAAACGACUGGCCGAGCGGCCCGCCUCACGCCGACUGGGCGAGUUCAGCGGCUGGCUGGCCUCGUUCCAGGACGUGAACAGCCAGGAGCGGCUGGAGCUGCCCGGCCAGUACACGGGCCGCCGCCGACCGCAGCCCGACUACCAUGUGCGCGUGGCCAAUCUGUCCGACGAGGCGCUCGUGCUGAACUCCAUCGAGCGCCCGGUGCGCAUCACAGUGCGCGGCGACGACGCCCGCGAGUACCGCUACCUGAUCAAGGCCGGUGACGACCUGCGCACCGACCAGCGCGUGCAGCAGCUGUUCCGACUGCUGAACGGCGCGCUGGCCGCGGAGCCGGCGGCCGCCGACCGCCGGCUGGCGCUCACCACCUACACCGUGCUGCCCGUCCAUCCGACGCUGGGUAUCAUUCAGUGGCUCGAUCACACCAGCACGCUUCACCAGUUCAUCGGCUCGGCGUGCCCGGACCUCGAGCAGCAGUGCGCCGAGGCGCGCGAGCUGUUCAGGAAGCAGAUGAGGCGGCACGCGACCCAGAGCGGCGCCAAUGACGUGCAGCUGCAGAGCGAGUACGCGCGCCGCGCGCCGCGGGACGUCGUGGUGGCCGACCUGGCCGCGCGCGAGGCACUGAUGCGCGACGAGCGGGGCCGCGCGUGCAGCACGCUGCUGCAGCAGGCGGUGUUCCGCCUCAGCUCGGGCCCCGAGGCGCUGCUGCGGCUGCGCACCCGGAUGGCCGAGUCACACGCGCUGCUCUGUGCCGCCGGCUGGCUGCUCGGCGUCGGCGACCGCCACCUGGGCAACUUCCUCGUCUCACUGGAGGAUGGCGCAAUGAUCGGCAUCGACUUUGGCCACGUGUUCGGCUCGGCCACCAGCCUGCUGCCCGUGCCGGAGCUGGUGCCGUUCCGACUGACGGCGCAGCUGGCCGGCCUGACGGCGCCGCUCGGCCCGGCCGGCCUCACCCGGCACACCCUGCUGCGGGCGGUGCGCGCGCUGCGCUCCUCGCGCCACCUGCUGGCCGCCGCGCUGCAGGGCUUCGUGCGCGAGCCGGCCGCCCAGUGGACCGAGCACCAACAGCAGCCGGCCGAGCACGCGCGCCGCUGCGUGCGCCAGACGCGCGGCCGGCUGUGCGGCUCGCACCCGGCCGCCGACGUGUGCCAGCUGCUGGCGGGCGCCGGCCGCCUCUCGGCGCAGGAGGUGGAGGCGUGGUCGGCGGCGGCGCGCGGCCGGCGAGGCCACGAGCCGCGCGCCGAGCUGGCCGACGCGGGCCUGACGGCCGAGCAGCAGGUGGACUGUCUGCUGGAGCUGGCCACCGACCGGUACGUGCUCGGACUGGCCUACAGCGGCUGGGCGGCGCACGUAUAGACGAGCCGGCCGGCCCGGCCGUCACCAGCCGACUCUGUUCGGCGCCGGCUGACCGCUGUCACUGCCAGACACCGCUCAGCGGCCCUGUCUCAGCGCGGCGCCCCACCGAUCAGGGUCCUCUCCCAGCUGAGAUCGUCGAGCGCCAUCCUGCCGAUGGUGAGCACAGUUCAAGGUGAUGACGUUUUGACAGUGGUUUUUGUCGUGAUAGCUGCUACUCAGUCGGCGCCACAAAGGUGCGUUGUCGUUGCUUUCUUUGCUAGUCCGCAUAUUUGUGAUCGCUUGUGAUUCAAAAGUGCCUGAACGGAAUCGCUUGGAUGGCGAUCCGAAUUCCAAUGGCUGUUAUUUUUCUGUUGUUGAGUAUCUUUUCCUUCGAUCGCUAGCCGAGUGAAAUGAAUAAUCACAAUUGUGUAUAACC